GGGGUGUGUGUGGAGAGACCCUAUUUUGUGGGGGCAACUUGGACACAUCUGAUGUUGGAGCUUGUUGCUUCUUCUAAUGGCGCCUCUCAGGGCCAGUACUGCGACAUCUGCUCCUCUGCCAACAGCAACAAGGCGCACCCCAUAAGCAAUGCCAUCGACGGCACCGAGCGCUGGUGGCAGAGCCCCCCGCUCUCCAGGGGCCUGGAGUUCAACCAGGUCAACGUCACCCUGGACCUCGGACAGCUCUUCCACGUGGCCUACGUCCUCAUCAAAUUUGCCAAUUCUCCCCGUCCUGACCUCUGGGUGCUGGAGCGGUCCACCGACUUCGGCCUCACCUACGAGCCCUGGCAGUAUUUCGCCUCCUCCAAGCGGGACUGCAUAGAGAAGUUCGGGCUGCACACGGUGGACCGCAUCGCCAAGGACGACCAUGCCAUCUGCACCACCGAGUACUCCCGCAUCGUGCCGCUGGAAAACGGGGAGAUUGUUGUGUCACUGGUAAAUGGGCGUCCAGGGGCCAUGAACUUCUCCUAUUCUCCUCUCCUGCGGAACUUCACCAAAGCCACCAAUAUCAGGCUGCGCUUCCUGCAGACCAACACCCUACUGGGGCAUCUGAUGGGAAAAGCUUUACGGGACCCCACGGUGACCAGGAGGUAUUACUACAGCAUCAAAGACAUCAGCAUUGGAGGGCGCUGUGUCUGCCACGGCCACGCAGACGUCUGUGAUGCCAAAGACCCUAGUGAUCCUUACAGGCUGCAGUGCGACUGCCAGCACAACACGUGCGGCGGCUCCUGCGACCGCUGCUGCCCGGGCUUCAACCAGUUCCCCUGGAAGCCGGCGACCGCCGACAGCGCCAACGAGUGCCAGCCUUGCAAUUGCAACGGCCAUGCCUACGACUGCUACUACGACCCCGAGGUGGAUCGCCACAAAGCCAGCAAGAGUCGGGAAGACAAGUUUGAAGGGGGAGGUGUUUGCAUCGACUGCCAGCAUCACACGACGGGCAUCAACUGUGAGCGCUGCAUCCCCGGCUACUACCGCUCCCCCGACCACCCCAUCGACUCCCCGUACAUCUGCUACCGCUGCAACUGUGAGUCCGACUUCACGGACGGCACCUGCGAGGACCUCACGGGGCGCUGCUACUGCAAGCCCAACUACACCGGGGAGCUCUGCGACGCCUGCGCCGAGGGCUACCUCGACUUCCCGCACUGCUACCCUAUUCCAGCUUUUGCUGACAACGAUACCGGCGAACAAGUGCUCCCUGCAGGACAGAUAAUAAACUGUGACUGCUACGCGGGUGGCACGGAGGGCAACGCGUGCCGCAAGGACCCUCGCGUGGGCGCCUGCGUGUGCAAGCCCAACUUCCAGGGCGCCCAGUGCGACCAGUGCGCGCCGGGACACUACGGAGCCAGCUGCCAGCCGUGCCAGUGCUCCGGGCCCGGUCAGUACGAUGGCAGCUGUGACAGCGAGAGCGGGCAGUGCCUGUGCCGGAGCGGCUUCGAAGGACACACGUGCAACCAGUGCGCCCCCGGCUACUUCAACUACCCGCUGUGCCAGCUGUGCAGCUGCAGCGCCGUGGGGACGCUGCCGGGCGGCUGCGACGGCGCCGGGAGGUGUUUCUGCAAGGCGGAGUUCGCGGGACCUCGCUGCGACCGCUGCAGCCCCGGCCACCACUCGUACCCGCACUGCUACGCCUGCUCCUGCGACGCCCGCGGYGCGGCCGACAACGACUGCAGCCCCGCGGGGCAGUGCCGCUGCCACGCGAAUUUCGGGGGACCCACCUGCAGCCAGUGCGCCCUGGGCUUCUACGGGUUCCCCAGCUGCAUGCCUUGCCAGUGCUCCAGGGAAGGCUCCCUGCACGGCGCRUGCGACCAGGACACGGGGCAGUGCAGCUGCCGGCCGCAGGUGACGGGGCUGCGCUGCGACGCCUGCGUGCCGGGCGCCUACGGCUUCCCGCACUGCCAAGUGGGCUCCUGUAACCCCGCGGGGCUGGUGCCUGCAGACCCCUCGCUGGCGCCGGGCUCCUGUGCGUGUCGGGCGUACGUCGAAGGUCCAGCCUGCGACAGAUGCCAGCCGCUCUACUGGAACCUGACUCCGGAGAACCCCUACGGYUGCACCAGCUGCAACUGUGAUACCCAGGGCACCAUCAGUGGACUUGCAGAGUGUCGGCAGGGCAAUGGGCAGUGCUUCUGCAAACCCAACGUCUGCGGGCAGCUCUGCUCAACGUGCAGAGACGGAUACUUCAAGAAGGACAACGCCAACUACUUUGGCUGCCAAGGCUGCCAGUGCGACGUCGGCGGCUCGCUGGGGCCGGCUUGCGAGGAGCGCUCCGGAGCCUGUCCCUGCAGGCAGGGCACCCGCGGACCCACGUGCACCCGACCUGCAAGGGAUCAUUAUUUUCCUGACCUUCACCACUUGAAAUUCGAGCUGGAAGAAGGCACCACGCCGGCCGGCCGGGCCGUGCGCUUUGGCUACAACCCGCUGGAGUUUGAGAACUUCAGCUGGCGCGGAUACGCACAGAUGUCUCCCAUCCAGCCCAAGGUAGUGGUGACUCUCAACGUGACGUCCCCCGACCUCUUCCGCGUCGUCUUCCGCUACGUCAGCCGGGGACCUGCCGCUGUGCACGGCAGGGUCUCGGUCCUCGAGGAAGGGAAGUUUAAUGCGUGCGGCAACUGUACAGAGCAGACCAAGCAGAUCGUCUUCGCUCCCAGCACCGAACCGGCCUUUGUCACCGUCCCCCAGAACAGCUUUGGGGAGCCCUUCGUGCUCAACCCCAGCACCUGGUCUCUGGUUGUUGAAGCAGAGGGUGUGCUGCUGGACUACCUGGUUUUGCUACCCAGCUCGUACUAUGAAGCUCCAAUACUGCAGCUGAAGGUCACAGAGCCGUGUACCUACCAGCCAGCCCCUGAAAGAGCCGCGCAGAACUGCCUCUUGUACAAGUACUUGUCAGUGGAUGGCGUCCCUGCCGCGUCAGGAGAGGAGGCCGUGUGCAGGCUGGACAACCGGCUGCCCAGAGCGUGUCCCAUGGAGCAGCUCAGCCCCUCUCACCCCCGCAUGGCGACGUGCAGUGGAAGCGACGUGGAAGUCCAGCUCUCCCUGCCCGUUCCCCAGCCYGGGAAAUACGUGCUGGUGGUGGAGUACGCCAACACCAACGCUCUGCAGACGGUGGGAGUCGCUGUGAGCUCGCCCCAGCUGGCCAUGCAGCAGGGCACGUUCACCUUCUACCCGUGUGUCUACAGUUUCCUGUGUCGAGGGAUGGCUGUAGAUUCCCAGGGYCGCCUGGCAACUUUUGAGCUUACCUCGGAGGCGACCGUUCGGUUCAUGGCUGAUCAGGCUGACUUCUUCCUGCACAAGGUCUACCUCGUACCUGCUGCACAGUUCAUCGUGGAGUUUGUGGAGCCAAAGGUGCAUUGCAUCAGCGUCCAUGGCACCUUCUCCUCCAACAGCAGUUCCUGCAUCCCCUCGCGCUUCCUGAAGCUUUCCCAGUCGAUCGUUCUGGAGGGAGGGCAGGCGCUGCCCAUCAGCCCGGACACGCCGCUGGCGCAGGCGGUGCCCGUGGYGCCGGCCGCUGUCCCCGUGGAGCCCGCGCCACGGCCUCCCACCGCCGUGGACCCCUCGGCACAGCUCGUCCUCCUGCAGCCCCCGCAGGCUGCUGUUGUGUUUAGCAGUCGGAUCCAGACGCUGGGGCGCUACGCCUUCAUCCUGCAUUACUACCAGCCCAACCACCCCACCUUCCCCGUGGAAGUGCUCGUCAAUGGUGGACGUGUUUGGCAAGGGGAGACCAAUGCAACCUUCUGCCCACAUGGCUAUGGGUGCCGGAGCCUGGUGGUUUCCGAAGACCAGAUUGUCCUGGAUGUGACCGACAACGACCUGAUGGUGAUUGUGCGAGUGCCAGAGGGGAAGCAGCUGUGGCUGGAUUACAUCCUUGUGGUGCCAGAAGAAAGCUACAGUUCUCAGUACCUGCAGGAGGAACCCUUGGACAAGUCCUACGACUUCAUCAGCAGCUGUGGCAUCAACAGCUUCUACAUCAACCCCAGCACGGCGUCGAGGUUCUGCCGCGACUCGGCCACGUCGCUCUCACUCUUCUACAACAACGGGGCCCAGCCGUGCGGGUGCCACGAGGCCGGCGCGCGGGGCGGCCAGUGCGAGCCCUUCGGCGGGCAGUGUCCCUGCAAGCCCAACGUCAUCGGGCGCCAGUGCUCCCGCUGCGCCACCGGCUACUGGGGCUUCCCCAACUGCAGGCCRUGCGACUGCGGCCCGCGGCUCUGCGACGAGGUGACGGGGCGGUGCAUCUGCCCCCCGCACACGCUCAAGCCGGAGUGCGUGGUGUGCGAGCCCCAGACCUUCGGCUGCCACCCGCUCGUGGGCUGCGAGGACUGCAACUGCUCCCGGCCGGGCGUGCAGGAGCUGGCGGAGCCGGGCUGCGACGUGGACAGCGGGCAGUGCAGGUGCAAGCCCAACGUCGUCGGCCGGCAGUGCGACCUCUGCGCCCCCGGCUACUACCACUACCCCAACUGCCGGCCGUGUGACUGCCACCGGGCUGGCACUGAAGCCAGUGUGUGCGACCCGGCCACGGGACGGUGUCACUGCAAGGAAAAUGUGGAGGGCGCAAGGUGUGACCAGUGCCGCCUGGGGACGUUUUCCUUGGAUGCCAGCAACCCCAAGGGCUGCACCAAGUGCUUCUGCUUCGGAGCCACCGACCGCUGCCGCAGUGCUGAGAAGCACCGAGCCGAGUUCGUCGACAUGAGCGGCUGGGUGCUGCUGGGCAGCGACCGCCAGCAGGUGCCCGUCGUCGCGAGCGUGCGGGAGCAGCUCGUGCGCGCCGAUCUCCGGAGCCUCCCCGAGGCCUUCCAGGAGCUCUACUGGGCUGCACCCAGCUCCUACCUCGGCGACCGGGUCUCGUCCUACGGCGGGUAUCUGCGUUAUGAGCUUCGCUCGGACCUGCGCCGGGGCGACGUCUUCAUUCCCCUGGAGUCCCGYCCGGACGUGAUCCUGAAGGGAAACCAGAUGAGCAUCAUGUUCCUGGAAGGCGCCUACCCCUCGCCGGGGGACGUGCACCAAGGGCAGCUGCAGCUGGUGGAGGGAAACUUCCGGCACACGGAGACGCACAACCCCGUGUCCCGAGAGGAGCUCAUGAUGGUGCUGGCAAACCUGGAGCAGCUGCACAUCCGCGCGCUCUUCUCYCAGCUCUCCUCCUCCGUGUCCCUGCACCGCGUGGUGCUGGAGACGGUGACGGACACGGCCACGGGUGUCCGUGCCAGCAACGUGGAGCUCUGCUUCUGUCCAGCCAACUACCAGGGGGACUCCUGCCAGGAAUGUGCUCCAGGUUACUACAGGGACACCAAGGGGCUCUUUCUGGGAAAAUGCAUCCCGUGUCAUUGCAAUGGCCACUCAGACCAGUGCCUGCCAGGGUCCGGGAUAUGCCUGAACUGCCAGCACAACACGGAGGGCGAGCACUGCGAGCGCUGCAAGGACGGCUACGUGGGCAGCCGCUCGGCCGAGGGGCUCCUGCAGUGCGUCGGGUGCCCGUGUCCUCUGUCGGUCGCCUCCAACAACUUCGCCGUUGGCUGCGUGCACAAGGGCUCCGGCACCCAGUGUCUCUGCAAGCCCGGCUACGCCGGAGCCAACUGCGAGCGAUGUGCCCCGGGCUACUACGGCAAUCCGCUGGUGAUCGGCAGCUCGUGCCAGCCCUGCGAGUGCAGCGGCAACACGGACCCCAACAUGCUGUUCAGCAGCUGCGACGCGCUGACGGGCGCCUGCGCGGGCUGCAUGCACCACACGGCCGGCGCGCGCUGCGACGUCUGCGCGCCCGGCUACUACGGGGACGCCGUGGUGGCCAAGAACUGCACCCAGUGUCACUGCUCGCCCUGCGGGACCGACUCCUGCCACCCGCAAACCGGCCAGUGCUUCUGCAAGCCUGGUGUGACGGGCCAGCACUGCGACCGCUGCGAGGAUGGCUACUACGGCUUCAAGGGCUGCUCGGGCUGCCGGCCGUGCGAGUGCGGCGAGGGCGCCGCGGGGCCGCGGUGCCACGCGCACACGGGGCAGUGCAGCUGCCUGCCCGGCGUGAGCGGCGCCCGCUGCCAGCACUGCGCCCCCGGCUACUGGGGCUUCGGCCCCCGCGGAUGCACAAAGUGCGAGUGCAAAGGUGGCUCCUGCGACCCGCGCACGGGCGAGUGYACCUGCCCCAACGGGCUAGCAGGGAAGCAGUGCGACGUGUGCCUGCAGAAGCACGAGGUGCUCGUGGCAAAUGGCCCGGACAGCAUGAGGUGCGAAGUGUGUGACAGCUGUGUCCUGCUCCUGCUCGAAGACCUGCAGAGCAUCGAGACGUCCUUCCCCUCCAUUCGGGGCCAGCUGGUGAACCUGAACGCCAGCUCCAUCGCCUGGGCUCGCCUGCACGGCUUCAACAACACCAUGGCCACCGUCACGAGCCACCUGCGUGAGUACCAGCGAGCCCAAGGCAAGAUCAGGCAACGGGUGGACGAGCUGGAGGACGAGAACGUGGACCUCACGCAGGACCUGAAYGCACUGCAGCACAAAAUGACAAUGACUCAAAGAGAAGCAAACCAUUUAGAGCAGCACACAAGAGACACUUACCGGAGAGGGGAGCAGCUCCUGCUAGAUAUCCAAAACAUCCAGAGAAGCAUUGCAGACCUGCUGCAGCAGAUGGCCGAGKUUGGGACAGCAAACGCCAGCACCACGUCCACCGAGGAGUUCCGGCAGAAGAUGGCCGAGGUGGACAGGAUGCUGAAGGAGAUGAAGGAGCGGGGCUUUGGCAGCCAGGAAGCACUGGCAAGGCACGAGCAUGAGGAGGCUCAGAAGUUGCUGCAUCGCGUGAGGAACGAGCUGUACACCCGCUGGGAGGCCAACCAGGACCUGGUGAAGAGCAUCCAAGAGCGGCUGGCUCAGCACAGCUCUGAGCUCAUGGACCUCCGCGAUGCCCUCAACGAGGCCGUGAAUAAAACCCGGCAGACAGAGGACUUGAACAGCCUCAAUCGCAACAACCUGGAGGAGAGUCAGCAAAGGAGCUCUGAACUCCAGAAGCAGUAUGGGCUGGUGCAGGACACCCUGAGGAUGGCCAAGGACUCGCUGGCACAGGUCUCCAGCUUCCUGCAGAAGAUGGAGAGUGCGAAGGAGGAGUACGAGAAGCUGGCAGCCCUGCUGGAUGGGGCCAAGCUGCCUCUGACGGAGCGAGUGAAGAAGUUCUCCCCGGCCAGCAGCAAGAUCCCAGUGGUAGAACAGGCUGAGGAGCACGCCCGGCUCCUGGACGAGCUCUCAAGGAACCUGUCCAGCAUUAUCCAGGGCACGAACCAGGACGGCUUCAUCCAGCGAGCGGUCGACGCCUCCAACGCCUACGCCAGCAUCAUCGAAGCUGUGAAAAAAGCCGAGCGAGCUGCCCACGAUGCCAACGAGGCGGCCAGCGAGGCCUUGAUGAACGUCAUGUCGGAAAACCUCGGGGCCAUCUCCAAAGAGCUGAAGAAGAACAGCAGCAACCUUGAAGAGGCUGUGGAGAGAGAGCAGAGAAGACUCAACGGGGCUAUUAGAGGCACUCUGCAGACGGCCAAGGACAAACUGACCGACCUCCGUGUGAAGAAGGAGCAGCUCCUGAGCCAGCUGCAGUCCGUGCAAGACAUGCUGGGCAGGGAUCAAGAGGACACAAAGGAGGCAAUCCAGAAUGCCAAAGCAGCGGCAGCCGAGGCCAAUGAAACAGCUGCGAGAGUGGAAGAUACACUGAACACCAUGAAGAAGAAYGUGGAUGAGUGGAAGGACCAAUACGGAGAUCUGCGAAGCGAAGACCUGAACCGGGYGGUGCAGGAUGCCAGGAAGUCUGUGUCCAGCCUGGAAAGCACCAUCCCGCUGCUGCUGGGGAAGCUGAGCAGCCUGGAGAACAGGAGGAACAAGAACGCCACCGUGUCGGAGAACAUCGUGCGGAUCCGGCAGCUCAUCACGCAGGCGAGGAACGCGGCCAGCAAGGUGAAAGUCCCCAUGAAGUUCAACGGCAGCUCGGGCGUGCAGGUCCGCAUGCCCAGCAACCUGCAGGACCUGGCAGCCUACACRUCCCUCAAGUUCUACAUCCAGAACCCCGAGCCCAAGAGCCGGCAGCGGCGCCAGGACAGCGCGGAGGACGGGCGCUUCGUGCUCUACCUGGGCAGCCGAGAGGCCUCCGGAGACUACCUGGGCAUCGUGCUCAAGGACCACAAAGUGCAGUGGGUCUACAAGCUGGGAGACGAGGACCCGGCCUCCCUCACCGUYGAUGAGGAGAUCGGGGAGCAGUUUGCCACCAUCAGCAUCAACAGGAUCCUGCAGUACGGACACAUGUCGGUGAUCGUGGAGAGGCAGAUGGUGCACGAGACCAAGGGCGACAGCGUUGCCAAGGGGGAGCAGGGGCUGCUCAACCUGGACCCACGCAACGUGGUCUUCUACGUGGGCGGCUACCCCUCAAGCUUCACGCCCCCUCCCACUUUGCGCUACCCCAACUACCGCGGGUGCCUGGAGCUGGACACGCUCAACGAAGAGGUCGUGAGUCUGUACAACUUCCAGCGCACCUUCCACUUGGAUACCUCUGUGGAGAAGCCCUGCGCCAGGUCCAAGUCCACAGGAGACCCCUGGCUGACAGACGGCUCCUACUUUGAUGGCACCGGUUACGCAGAGAUCAAGUUUGAGAGCCAGUUUGGCACCACCAAGCGCUUUGAGCAGGAGAUCCGGGUGGUCUCCUACAACGGCAUCAUCUUCUUCCUGGAGAAYGAGGGCCAGUUCCUGUGUCUGGCCAUCCGRGACGGGAAGCUGGUGCUUUACUACGACUUCAGCGGCGGCCUGGAGAUGGCAAAGCCCAGCAACACCUCCCUGUCGCUCGCCAUCGGCAGCRCCUCCAACCAGGCGAUCCAGAUUUUCCUGUUGAAGAUGAACAAUAAGAAGCGCAUCCUGGUGCGGCUGGAGCGGCUCACCAUCUUCAUGGUGGAGCAGGAGAACUCGCUGGAGAACGCYGUCUCCUACUACCUGGGCGGCGUGCCGCCCGCCCUGCUGCCCCCCAGCUUGAAAGCGCUCUUCCCCACGGGAGGGCCCAUCCGGGGCUGCAUGAAGGGCUUGAAGGCUCUCGGCAAGUACGUGGACCUGAAGCGCAUGAGCACCGUGGGCGUGAGCUACGGCUGCACCUCCGACCUCCUGGUGGCUCGCUCCGUCAGCCUCCACGGCCACGGCUACCUGACRCUGUCCCUGCGGAACGUGCCGCAGCUGCGGGACUUCUACAGCGGCUUCAGCUUCCGCACGAGCCAGCGCGAGGGGCUGCUCUACCAGCACAGCACCCAGGAGGGGACRUGCCAGGUGUCCCUCACGGGCGGCCAGCUGGCCCUGACCAUGCUGGGAGCCGAACUCACCACCAGCGACACGUACGCGGACGGCAGGACCCACUACGUGGCCUUCUACAGCGACGCGCACGGGCUGCGGCUCUACGUGGACGACGAGCUGCAGGAGGCGGCGGCGGGCGCGGGGCGGCGGCGGCAGCGGCGCCACGACGGCCAGGGCCUCUUCCAGCUCGGGGGCUCCCCGGAGCCCGGCGCCCGCCGCAACCUCAGYGGCUGCAUCAGCAACGUCUUCGUGAAGCGGAAGCUGGAGCCGCAGGCGGUCGUGGACCUGCAGCAGAACGUGCGGAGCGUCAACGUCACCAUGAGCUGCCCCUGGGGGGAGCGGCCGCAGCAGCUCCGCGUCCCCUCCGGGAAGGGCAGGCGGAAACCCAAGAUUCCGGGCAAAGCCGCCUCCAAGGACCGGCGCCACGACAGGGACAGCGGCUGCCAGCUGCACCCGCAGCCCCGCGCGGCCAGGGGCUCCUUCCAGUUCGGAGGGUCCCCAAGCAGCCGCUGGGAGUUUGCGGAGAUCCCGGCCUCCUUCCGGAGCAGGUCCUAUUUCUCCCUGGAGGUGAAGCUGGGCUCCUCCAACGGGCUGCUCUUCUACGUCGCCGGCGAGCAGGGCGCCUUCCUGGCGCUGCUGGUCUCCAACGGGCGCUUCGUGCUCCUGGCGGAGCUCGGCGGGCGCCGGCUGCGCCUGCGCAGCAAGGACAAGUACCGGGACCGGCGGUGGCACACGGUCUUCUUCAGCCGCGACCAGAGCCGAGCCCAGCUGGUCAUCGACGGGCUGCGAGCCCAGGAGGCCGCCGUGCCCAACGCGGGACCCUUCCUAGCACGGACCCCCUUCUACGUGGGGGGGCCGCCAGCCGGGACAGCCACCGCUCACAUCCCGGCUGCGUCUGCCUCCAGCUUCAAGGGGUGCCUGCAGAACCUGCAGCUGGACAGGAGGCCCCUGGGGCCGCCCUCGCACGUUGUGGCCGUGACUCCGUGCUACGAGGGAGCCCGGGAACACGGCAUCUUCUUCUCCGCCGAGGGCGGCUCCGUCACACUAGGUGAUGCUGUGGUGACCGGGCAGGACUUGGAGGUGACACUCGAGGUCCGUCCCCGCACCCGCUCUGGCCUCCUCUUCCACAUCGGCACAAGGAGCAACCCCGACCUCCAGCUGCACAUGGAUGGGACAAAGGUCAUGGCGAGCGCCGGGGAGCUCUCCACAUCGGUGACUCRGCCGCCUCUCUGCGACGGCCGCUGGCACCGCAUCACAGUUCUCAGAAGGAAAAACAUAAUCCAGAUUGAUGUGGACACAGAGAGGAACUACACCGUGGGCUGCGGCCCCACGCCCCAGCCUCCUGCAGCCGCUGCGAGGGCCACGUUCCAGCUGGGAGGGCUGCCGGACACAGCCACGAGCAGCAGMGCGGGGCCCGUGCCGCCCCUCGCCCACUACGUGGGCUGCGUAAGGAAGCUGGGGCUUAACGGGCGCCCCGUGGACCUGCUGCACAGCGGCGCGGUCAGGGGCGCCGUUGGCCUCCAGGGCUGCCCCAAGCUCUGAGCGCACCUCGGGGGGAGCCUGGACGACAGAAAGCUGCACUGCUCCCCGGGCCCGGCCCGCACGAGCGCUGACGAGCGGCGCUCCCGAACACUUGAUCUGCAGCAGCAGAGCCAGCCUGAGGGACACGUCGGGGCCAAAGGCAGAGAGGGACCCCCGGGGAAGGGGAGCAGGGGCAACCUCAGGAACAGCCUUUACAACAAUAACCAAAAAGUCUGAGCAGGAGCUAGGGCUGCCUAAUGCCGUCCCCAGCAGCCAGGAUUUGUUCUGACACGGGGCUCGUGUCCUCUGCAGGGCUUGGGCCAUGCGCUCGCAUCCUAAACCCUGCUCCUUUCUCCCUUCCCUUUACCUUGCACAUCAACUGUAGUUCACAGAAUACUUGAGGCUGUCACUAACAGUCCCAGACUGUCUCCUGCUCCUGGCUGCCUCUGUUUUAUAAUAAAUGCAAUUAGGACAAACUGGAGUCAUUCUGUCACUUGGGUGUGACAAGUGCAAGGAAGUAGUUAAGGGCCCAAGGUCUCGCCAGGUUCACCUGCCGCUGCUGCGCGAAACGCUCUGCAGCAGCGUCCUCCAGAUGCAGCUCUGUUUACAGAACUAGCCUCUUCU